UUUAUUAUUCUCCUCCCUCUCAUUACACGUCUUCAAUGGCCAUCGGUCUAAUCCUUCUCUCAAUUCUCCUCCCGAUCAUAGCAUACAGCCUCUAUCAACGUCUACGUUACAGGCUCCCGCCAGGCCCAACGCCCAAGCCGGUGGUCGGAAACCUUUACGACAUUAAGCCUGUCCGGUUCCGUUGCUUCGCCGAAUGGGCUCAAUCCUACGGCCCUGCGAUUUCGGUUUGGUUUGGUUCGACGUUAAACGUCAUCGUUUCUAAUUCGGAUUUGGCUAAAGAAGUGCUGAAAGAGAAGGAUCAACAGUUGGCUGAUAGACAUAGGAGUAGGUCUGCAGCCAAGUUUAGUAGAGAUGGUCAGGACUUGAUUUGGGCAGAUUAUGGACCUCACUAUGUUAAGGUUAGGAAGGUUUGUACUCUUGAGCUCUUUACUCCUAAGAGGCUUGAGGGUUUGCGGCCUAUUAGGGAAGACGAGGUUACUGCUAUGGUUGAGUCUAUUUUCAAGGACUGCUCCAAUCCUGAAAACAAUGGGAAGAGUCUGCUGGUGAAGAAGUACUUAGGUGCAGUGGCAUUCAACAACAUUACAAGACUAGCAUUUGGAAAGCGAUUUGUGAAUGCUGAGGGUGUAGUGGACGAACAAGGACAUGAAUUCAAGGCAAUUGUAUCGAAUGGACUUAAGCUUGGUGCAUCACUUGCAAUGGCAGAGCACAUUCCAUGGUUACGCUGGAUGUUCCCCCUAGAAGAAGAGGCAUUCGCCAAGCAUGGAGAACGCAGAGACAGGCUCACUCGAGCCAUCAUGGACGAGCACACCCAAGCUCGCAAGCUCGGCGGUGCCAAGCAACAUUUUGUCGAUGCGCUCCUCACAUUGCAGGAAAAGUAUGAUCUUAGCGAGGACACCAUUAUUGGACUUCUUUGGGACAUGAUCACUGCAGGGAUGGACACAACAGCGAUAUCUGUAGAGUGGGCAAUGGCGGAACUAAUCAAGAACCCAAGAGUUCAACAGAAAGCUCAAGAGGAGAUUGACAGAGUCAUUGGAUUUGAUCGGGUCAUGACAGAGCCAGACUUUGCAAGCCUGCCUUACCUUCAAUGUGUAGCCAAAGAAGCACUUAGAUUGCAUCCACCAACCCCUCUAAUGCUCCCUCACAGAGCCAAUUCCAAUGUCAAAGUUGGGGGCUAUGACAUUCCCAAGGGAUCAAAUGUUCACGUCAAUGUCUGGGCUGUUGCUCGUGACCCGGCUGUAUGGAAGAACCCAGAGGAGUUCCGGCCAGAGAGGUUCCUGGAAGAGGACGUGGACAUGAAGGGGCACGAUUUCCGGCUGCUCCCAUUUGGGGCUGGGCGGCGGGUGUGCCCAGGUGCACAACUUGGCAUCAAUUUGGUGACAUCUAUGUUGGGUCACUUGUUGCACCAUUUUUGUUGGGCGCCACCUGAGGGGGUCAAGCCGGAGGAGAUUGAUAUGUCUGAGAAUCCAGGUUUGGUGACUUACAUGCGGACGCCGGUGCAGGCCGUGGCCACUCCUAGGUUGCCUUCACAUUUGUACAAACGUGUGCCUGCUGAUAUGUAAUUUUGUUGCUACUCUGUUGUGGUUUGAUUCUUUGGUUACAGUCUUACAGACAAGGUUUUCUGGACUUCAACUGAGAAUGUCAAAGUGAGCUUGUUGGGACUAAGAAAAACUAAGCAAUAAAAUAUCACACGCUGUUUUAUGAA